AUGAGUGCCAACCCGCCAGCACCAGCUACCGUCCCACUCACCACAGCCGACAUCGAAAUUGCCACCCGAGCGGCAGACGCAUUCACCCGAAUAUACUAUGCUGCCUAUGACUCGACCUCCCGCCUGUCCGAACUCCCAAAACUCUACCGGCCGUCAUCAGCGCUAGUGUGGAACGGCACGCCGUUCCAAGGUCCAGAAGGGGUCGUGUCAAUGGUGCAAAGUAUGCCGCCCACCAAACACGAAAUCCAGUCGUUUGACUGUCAUCCUAUACCUGGCACCUCACCACCGUCGCUGCUAGUCAUCGUCUCCGGAAGUGUCACCCACGGCCUCGGCGCCGCCGGGAAUCCCUCCGGCACCUCGAGUAAAAACAAGGAAGGCCACCCACGCGUAUUUUCCCAAACGUUCAUGCUCGUACCCGACUCCGAGGCCCCACCACCUUCCAAAGCAGGGGAACUCGCCAAAUACUUUGUCAGCGCAGACGCGUUGCGAUUUGUUGGAUAG